AUGUUGUCCGCCUUGAUUUUUCGUUCCACUAGUAAUUAUUUAUUUGUUAAUCCAUCCAUUAAACAAUUAUUUCAUUCAUUUAAUUCAAUCAAUGCUCCGUUAUCUGUUAGACAACCAUUAAUUGAUCCAAAUCCACCAUUAGUUGGUCAAGCGAUUGAAAUAAAAGAAUUUUUAAGAGAAAAUUCAAUUUCAUUCGAUGAAUCAUGGACAUGUAUCAAAGCACUAUGUUGUCGGAGUGCAAAUAAACCAUUAGGAUUUAUACAUAUAGGAAAAGAACGGGGUGAUUUCGCUUGUUUGAAGUGUGCGACAAGUGGGACUUGGGAAGAGUUUAAAAGUCAAUUACAAAAUCUUCGAUCAAGGACAUUUUGUCCAAAAGCAAGUCUACCAUUGAUUCUUCUAUCCGGUGAAGAAAAUCAUAUUUGGGAAAAAUCAAAAGCAAUUGCAGAUUGCGAUAAAGACGUUCUAAAUAUCAUUCUAUCAAGAUAUGGAUUUAAUGAGGAGUAUACACUAUCCUAUGACACACUUCAACGAUAUGGUCUUCGAAUUUAUCAAGAUCAACUUAUUGCACCCUUGUACGAUGCUGACCGAUCUCUUGUUGACAUUGUUGUUCUUGAUCCAAUAUCCCAGACUAACACUAAGCCUAUAAAACUUGCUGCACCAUUCGGUUUAAAUCUCCUUUCAGCAAGAAAUGCUGAAAUAAUGCUUGUUGAUUCUAUCUGGGAUGCUCUAUGUGUUUAUCAAACUACAGGCAAAGUAGCAAUUGCUCUUCCGAGUGCAAAAUUUUCUAUUCGAAUGAACAUGAUUUUUGAACACUUGCGUAAAAUUCAUAUUUGGUAUUCAAAUGAUAAAGCACUUGCUUUUCGUCUUGCCAACGUACUCAGUCCUCAUCGAUGUUUUAUGAUAGCUUAUCCAAUGGAUGCACACGGAGCAUUUAUGUCCGGUCAGAACUUAAAAACAAUAAUGAAUGACAGCUUCGCUGUGAUUAAUAAAUGUAUCGAACAAUUCGAUACGUUUCGGGAAUUGAUACGUGAUGAAUUGCUUCAACGAACACGUUUUGCCGGAUUACCGUGGCAAAGGUUUCCUAUGCUAACUCAAAUUCUUAAGGGCCAUCGAGCUGGUGAAUUAACAGUCCUUACGGGAUCCACUGGCUGUGGUAAAACUACAUUCUUAAGUGAAUACUCACUCGAUCUAUGUCUUCAAGGGCUAUCAACUCUAUUCGGCAGUUUUGAAAUUCAAACGCAUCGUCUUGCUAAAGUAAUGUUAACACAGUAUUCCGGUUUGAAUCUAUCGAAAAAUAUGGAUGUAUUUGAUAAAUUUGCCGAACAAUUUGCUCGUAUACCAAUGUUUUUUAUGACAUUUCACGGCCAAGAAAGCAUUGAUAAAGUGAUAAAUACAAUGGGAAAUGCGGUUGCAAUUCAUAAUAUAAAACAUGUUGUUAUCGAUAAUCUUCAGUUUAUGAUGGGAAUGGAUUAUUCGAAUGGGGAUCGAUUUUUCAAACAAGAUACUUUAAUUCAUCGGUUUCGAACCUUCGCAACCAAUAAUAAAUGCCAUGUUACUAUCGUGAUUCAUCCGAGAAAAGAAGAAGAUGAAGGAUUAACAGUUUCGUCAAUAUUCGGUUCCGCAAAAGUAUCACAAGAAUCCGAUAAUAUUUUGAUAAUACAACAAAAAAAGAUAUCUACUGCAAACGGUGGCAAUAUCAAAUAUUUACAAGUAGCAAAGAAUCGAUUUGAUGGACAACUCGGCCGAUUUGCACUACGUUUUGAUAAAGAGCGACUGUCAUUUUCACGUCCAGUAUUUUCAAGAGAUGAUUCAAAUAUCGAAUCCGAUGACCACGAACUUCAACAAUCAAUCCCUGUUGAACAAUAA